GCCGUGACAUCGCGAGAACACUCCGCGGGAUCCCGCAGCGCUCCUGUAUCUCAGCCUGAAGAGCUCCGAGACCAGAAUCCAGACUCAGUCCAGGACAACACGGUCCACCAGUCACAGACCUGCAGGACGAUGGAGAACCAGAACCCGGACCACAGGAGCCAAACAGCAGCCUCGUGCUCUGAUAGCGCCGAUGUUCAGAAACGGAAAGGAAAAGAUGGACCCAAACGUCAAGACAAACCACUGACAAAAUCAAGAUCUUCAAACACUGUACAGAAACCGUACAGCUGUGAAGAAUGUGGGGCAACUUUCAGUGCAUCAGCUAACCUAAUAAUCCACCAACGUGUUCACACUGGAGAGAAACCGUAUGGCUGUGACCAGUGUGAGAAGGCUUUCAGCACAUCAGGUUCUCUGAAAGUCCACAAGCGCAUUCACACCGGAGAGAAACCGUUCAGCUGUGACGAAUGUGGGAAAGCUUUCAUUACAUCCCCUUGCCUAAAACUGCACAAACGUAUUCACACGGGAGAGAGACCGUACGGCUGUGACAGGUGUGAGAAAGCUUUCACCACUCUAGGUGGUCUAAAAAGUCACAUACGUGUUCACACUGGAGAGAAGCCGUUUUGGUGUGAUCAGUGUGGGAGAGGUUUUGCUGCGAGUACUUCCCUUAAACUCCACCAAUUCAUUCACUCUGGAAAGAAACCGUACAGCUGUGACCAUUGUGAGAAAACGUUCAGCAGUCAAAGUAGCCUAAACCAACACAGACAAAUUCACACUGGAGAGAGAAUAUACAGCUGUGACCAGUGUGAGAAAGCUUUCACUUCUGGAAAUGACUUGCAUAAACACCGGCGCAUGCACAAAUGGAACAAAACCUUAGAAGAGCAAUGUCAGAAAGCCUCCAUCACAAGUCCAUUUGAACACCGCUACAUGGAAACCCCACUGCCCUGACCAAUGUGGACAACGUUCAUGCAGUUAUGGUUGCCUAAAAAUCCAGCAAGGUGUUUACUAAACUGUUCAGUUGAAAAUAACAUCUGUCGAACUGAGAAACAAAUGUUUCUUUGUUAGAAAAUUAUGAAGAUGAUGCAUGUAUGCUGUGUUUAACCAAGUUAUUUUCUAGUAGUAAAUUUCUGGUAGACUUGGUCAAACCUCGUCAGCUCUGUUGUAUAAAAGCAGGAGUAAUUCUGAGAGGGAGGGUCAGGGUUAAGUUUGUUCCCUUUUUUUCCCCUCUUGGCUUUUAGAUUCUUAGACUUUACUUGAAUUUUCAUUGUUUAUUUUCUAUCUCUGUACUCAAUUUCUGGAUGUAGAAUUUCUUUUUGUUUUUAUGUUUUGGUAAAUAAAACCAAGUAGAUAACUUGAUCUAUUGAAAGACCUUCACUAAAACUUCUUUCACAACAUUUUGGUAAGACCCCUUGUUCUCUAACAAAUCUAAUAUAAAUAUAUAAAUAUUCAUGUUUCAGUGUUUUCAGGUGUGGAUUACAUCAGGCACAGGUGAAACACUGCAACAGGUUUAAAGUGAAGUAAGACUUUUUAUUUCUUAUUAAUGUCAGUUUAAAAGAUAAUUUUAAAUUAGAUGUAAUGCAUAUUUUUGUCUGAUACAUUGUGUUGAAACUCACUUGUUUUAGUGUGUAAGUUUUAAUGCAAUCUAGUGGUGAAGGUUGCAAAUUUCAACCAACGCUCACUGUGCAUUCACAUGCUCCUGGGAAUGUAAAAUAUUUUGUGCCUUUUCUUCCAUGCGUUUGUACAUAAUAUCAAUUGAAUUUAUAAAUCCAACAGCAAAAAGGCUGUGAAAACUGUCAA